AUGUACCAUUUUGGACAUGUUCUGAGAUAUCUCGGGCGGCCGUUGCACGUGAUUGAGCCGUGCGUUGGGCUCGGAGGGUUCCGUGAGUUCUGCCGCUUGCCCGAGGUGUCGUACCAUUCGUCUGGCGCGUUUGACUUCCACCCGUCUUUCCAGGGAUUCUACGACAACGUGAACCAGGGCACCAGCACCCCUGAGGCCAAGGGGCUUCGCCUGGGCCCUGUUGACGGCGACGUCAUGGGCCUCCCCAUCGAGGAGUUGCAAGACGCCGAGUUGCUGCUCUCAGGUCCGCCUUGCCAGCCGUUUGCAGAGGGCGGCCGCCAUGGAGGCGCUGACGACCCGCGAUCCGAGGUGUAUGAGACCGUCGUCGGUUGGGUGAUCGAGCUCGCCUGGCGCGGCGUCCUCGUCAUGUUCUUGAUCGAGAACAGCUGCAACAUGAAGUCCUACGCGUUCUUCUGGGAGAUGUUCAGGCGCCUCGCCAGCUGCAUCCCGUUCUUCGCCAUCGACGUCGUGGAGCUUGACCUGGCGGACAUAUACCCCCACAGGCGCAGGCGGAUGUGGUUGCGAGGUAUGCGGCGUGAUGCGUGCGGCCAUUCGUCAUUGCCUCAGCCACUUGGCCGCGCUGACAUGCAGGCGCCGUUGGGGGCGUGUCCGACUCUCCUAGACGUCUUGUUGCCAGGCUGCCCGAACGUCGGCCCAGGCGACUUGUCCACCGAUCGCUUGCGGGACAACAUGAGCGCUUACACGGCCACGAUCAUCGAGGACCGCGAGAAGGGGAUCACAGGCACCAUCGCGGUCGUGGAGCUCGACCGUUCGCCCAAAAAGGUUUAUGGCACAAAGGUCAUGUACGAUGUCACGCCUCCCCUGAGGUGCACGGGCCCGUCUAUCUUCCUCUUCAGCGUGGACGACAUCGAUCUGGAGCUGACGAAGAGGAAGGUGCACCGCUUCCUGCUCGAUGAGGAGCGCUUCGCCCUCCAGGGGCACUCUUACAAGUACCACGGCCACUUCAAGAGUCAGAGGGCCUCCCGUGCUUCCACUGGGAAUGCGUAUCCAGUGCCAAUGCUAGUGUCCGUGAUGCAGCCGAUGCUGUCGCAGGCAGUGCGUUCAGGAGCUUUGUCGAAGAAGGGGAAAGUGGUUAAAUGUUUAGAUGAGUUGAUAUCCUUGGUCCCUGGUGAGGGCAUUGUAGGCGAUGCGUUCGAUGAGCUAGAUGAGCUAGGGCGGCCGACUAAGAAGGCUAAACGGCAGCGCAAGUAG